AGGAGGCUGGAAAAGAAGAACAUAGACCAGCGUUUAAACAAAUAUUCAGAUCCUUUUGUAUUAUUAAGACAUCAUGACACAGCAGGUCAGUGGUUCACCCUUUCUCAAGCCAUUCUUUCUGAAGACCCCCGUCAGCCCCCUGCGACAGAGACGACAUACACUUCCUGCCAGCGAGUUCAGGAAUCUCACGCCACAGGACGCCAUCAGUGUGUUUGAGAUUGAGAGAGAAGCAUUUGUCUCUGUGUCUGGAGAGUGUCCACUUACCCUGGAUGAGGUGCUUAACUUCCUGGGUCAGUGUCCUGAGCUGUCACUGGGCUGGUUUGAGGAGGGACAGCUGGUAGCUUUUAUCAUCGGCUCUGGCUGGGACAAGGAGAGGCUUUCACAGGAGGCAAUGACUCAGCAUGUCCCAGACACCCCCACUGUGCACAUCCACGUGCUUUCAGUGCAUCGCCACUGUCGCCAGCAAGGCAAGGGCUCAAUCCUCCUGUGGCGCUAUUUGCAGUACCUGCGCUGUAUGCCGGGCCUCCGCCGAGCUCUGCUGAUCUGCGAGGACUUCCUUGUGCCCUUCUACCUCAAGGCAGGCUUCAAGAAGAGGGGGCCGUCAGCCAUCUCCAUAUCCAACAUGCACUUCCAGGAGAUGGAGUACAUGCUCGGUGGGCAGGCGUACGCACGGCGGAACAGCGGCUGCUAGAUCGUCAGCCCCCGCCUAACCCUCCUUCCACUUAAUCACCUCCAACAAGGACUCAGGGCAGGAAAGAUUAAAAUGCAGCCGACAAAUGGACAGAUAGAGGUGC